CAUGACUGCAGCGCCGCACCCCGACCAGUUCGACGAUGCGCCCGACGACGACACGGCAGCCCCGGCUGGCGCGCCGCAGCCGUCUGCGCCGCGCAUAGACGACGACGCCGCGUCGGCCGGCGAGUACGAGCAGGAGCUGAGCGCGUGGUAUGCCCAGCACGGCAUCUCGCCCGGCGACGAGGAGGAGUAUGAAGAGGAGGAUGAGGACGAGUAUGAGGAGGAGGGGCUCAGUGCGAUGGGCACCGUCGAGGAUGCCGACUGGGAGAUGGCGCGUGGCGACUUCACCAAGCUGUACAACCGCUCGCGGCAGCUGGCAUCCGUGGCGCAGGCCAGCUCGGGCAAUGCUUCUGGCAGUGCUGCCUCGCAGGCGGCGGCCAACGUGCCGCUGCCAGCGAUGAACCGGGCGCGGCGAGCGCCGGUGAAGCGCACUGGUGGCGCAGAGGCAGCGCGGCCAGCAGGCAGCGGCGAGGCGAGCACCUCUGCGGCUGCGGCGCUGGCCAUCGGCGCACACGCCAACAAGACCGAGGCGCAGCUGAGCAACAUGUCGCACCUCUCGUCGCGCCUCAAGAUCCUCGACGCGUACGACCCAUCGGCGUCGGCAGGCGGCGCCGUGUCAGGCGGUGUGCCGCGCAAGGGCGCUGCGGGCGCAGGCGAGAAGCGCAACAAGGACAAGGCGGACCGCGCGACGACCGACGGCGUGCUCGACCCGCGCACGAUGGUCAUCCUCUUCAAGAUGCUGGCGCGCGGCCUGCUGGCACAGAUCGACGGCUGCGUAUCGACGGGCAAGGAGGCGAAUGUGUAUCACGCCUCGACGCCGCCGCCAGAAGGCUCGCCGGAAAGCACGCGCGGCGGCAACGUGGCGCUCAAGAUCUACAAGACGUCGAUCCUCGUCUUCAAGGACCGCGAUCGCUACGUCUCGGGCGAGUUCCGCUUCCGGCACGGCUACGCGCGGCACAACCCGCGCAAGAUGGUGCGGCUGUGGGCGGAGAAGGAAGCGCGCAACCUCAAGCGCCUGGUCUCGGCGUCGAUCCGUGCGCCGCGGCCCAUCGAGCUGCGCGACCACGUCCUCGUCAUGGACUUUCUCGGCGGGCAGGACGGCUGGGCCAGCCCGCGGCUGCGCGACGCCGAGGAGCAGAUCGACAACGAGCGCGGGCCCGAGGGCUGGGGCGACCUGUACCGCGAGAUGCUCGUGGGCAUGCGGACAAUGUACCACGAGUGCCGCCUCGUGCAUGCGGACUUGAGCGAGUACAAUGUGCUGUACCACCAAGGCCACCUGUGGAUCAUCGACGUCUCGCAGUCCGUCGAGCACGACCACCCGCGGGCGUUUGACUUCCUGCGUGCCGACAUUGCGCACGUCGACGACUACUUCUCGAAGCGCGGCGGCGUCGCGACGCUCGGCCUGCGCGCUACCUUCGACUGGAUCACGCGCGAGCCACAAGCCCGCGCCCACGGCGGCCGGCGAGGCGGCCGCGCUGGCCUCGAGAAGGAGGACGGCGAUGCCGAGUCGGCCGUCGUGACUGAGACGCCGGCGGUCAUGACGGAUGCGCAGCGCGCCAUGGCCAAGGCGCUGCUCGGACAGGACGCCGACGAGCCGACUGUGCUGCCGGCAGCAUCGCAUGUCGUGCUCAGCGGGCCCUUCGCCUCGAUCGAGGUGCAGCCGCGCGCGCCCGGCGAGAGCGACGCCGAGCUCACGGACAAGCUCGAGCAGCUCAUGACGCGCCUGGCAGCGGGCGAGGCCAUUGCGCCGCUAGAGGCUUCGGGCUCCAGCAAGGCCGAGGCCCCGGCGCCCAGCACCGAGCGGCCACGAGGCACGGCGCAGGACGAGGCCGUGUUCAAGGACGCAUACAUCCCGCGCACGCUCGACGAGGUGUACGACCCCGAGCGCGACGUCGCGAUCCUGCAGAAGCCCGGCGGCGCGCAGGAGCUCAUCUACGCCGGCAUCACGGGCAUGGAGGGCGUGCAGGAGGGGGAGCAGAAGCAGGCCGCCGCGGCCACAGAGAGCAGCGACGAGAGCGACGGCAGCGACAGCGACGGCGAGAGUGGCGAGGAGGAGGACGGCCGGCCAAAGGUGCUGCGCGGCCACCGGCACGAGGACCGCGACGCCAAGAAGGAGCGCAAGGCUGCCGUCAAGGAGGCGGCGCGCGAGAAGCGCAAGACGAAGAUGCCGAAGAAGGUCAAGGCGGCCAUGAUGCGGAAGAAGUAGAAGCACGAAUGGCAUACCCCGCUGCUCACGGCACCAGACUGCAGCUCAUCAGCGUGAGACAAAGCGUGUUCGCCGCGGAAAGUGGCUCUCGAGACAGGUGCAGCAUGGAUGGUCAAGGCCAGAUGCAUUUGUCGCAGCGGGCCGGACGCGGCUUGCUCGUAGAGGCUCCUAGGCGUCGUGCUCGUCCAUGAAGCGCAUGUCGGCCUCGAGCAUGCGAAUGCGGAUGACGUGCUC